AUGGGAAUUACUGAAAUAAAAAAUAUUUUACAUGCUAUGCCAUGUGUGAAAUAUUUAGAACUUGAUAUUCUAUGUGAAAUCGAUUUAGUCGACGGUCAUCAAUGGGAAUCCAUUGCUAUUAAUCUCAUUCGAUUUGACUUUCGAUUUCGUGUUGUACGUUGGUCGGCAUGUGAUAUUGCGAAAACUAACCAUCUUAAUUCGUUUCGAACACCAUUCUGGCUUGAACAAAAACGUUGGUUUGUUGCUCAUGAUAAUUGCAAACCACUAACUAUUUUCACUAUUCCUCGCUUCAUGCCGAAAGAUUUAGAAUGGCCAUCGAAUAAUACCAUAGAAGAUUGUACAACUGAUAUUUUCAAACCUAAUAAUUACGUCGAACAUCUAAAUUUAUUUCCUACUAAACAAAGCACACAAGUUGAAAACAACUUUGAUUUACGAACUUUAAUCAAAGAUAAACCACGUCUAUACUCAUUGAAUAUCUGUAAUCCGUUGUCAUUCAAUAUUCUACAUGACAAAGUUGUCUAUGAACAAAUACGAACUUUACGUUUUAGUUUCGAGCAAGAUCAAUCAUCAUCAUCAUCAUCAUUUAAUCCGGAACAGAUAUGUGCAGCAUUUCCUCGAUUAGAAUGUUUGAACAUAUCAGUUGAAUCACUGCAAGCGUUAUGUGUCUUUAUCGAUCGACUGAAAUAUUUAUCUGAUGCGUAUUUUCGUUUCAAUUUUAGUAUUAAGAAAUUGUGUUGUUGGCGACGACAGCGAAUGACACGUCAAUGGUUUAUUCGACAUAGUCGACGAUUAUCCCAUGACCGAUACUUUACCAGUGCAAUAACCGAUCACAGUGUACGAUUGUGGAUGAGUGAUAAAAAGGAAUCAUCAUCAUCAUCAAUAUUUAAGAGAAUCAUAAAAUGGAGCAACAAGUGA